GCGGUGCUGUGGUGAGGUAACCCGUUCACUGCACACAUUCAUGCCGGUUGCGAUGGAUUUUCUGGACGUGGAAGCGUUCAUUGAGGAGGUGAGGAAACAUCCAGGAAUAUGGGACGUCACAUGCCAGGACUACCAUAACAAACAGAAAAAACGAAGUGCCUGGUUAGAGGUAUGUGAGGCGCUUAAUGAAGAUUUUCCUCAAAAGUCUGAAAUGGAACAAGAAGCCAUAAGUGAAUUAUACAUGAAGAGAUGGAAAGGACUCCGAGACACCUAUAUAAAAAGUGAAAGGAAAAACUCAUCCCCAGGACGCACAAGACGUUACAUUUACGCACGACAGUUAGAUUUUCUUUUUAAGAACACAGAGUCGGCUCAUUCAGUAAAGAGUAUUGAUGGGCCAGAAGAUGAAUCUGGGAAUAAUGAGGACUUCGCCUUGGCAAGCCCUGCAGACCCUAAAGCUCCAUAUACUACGCCUUCAUCUACUGGCACUACUAAAAAAAAGAGACGUGAAGCCUUUGAAAAAAAUUCAGUAAAUUUAGUACAAGAACAGGUUUCAGAACCAUCCGAUGAAGCAGACGAUGACAGAUCCUUUUUUGAAUCACUGUUGCCAGCUGUGAAAACACUUCCUUUGGAUUCAAAAUUGGACUUUCGAUAUGAAGUAUUGGGGUUAUUGAAACGCUUCAGGAGUUCCAACGACGGAAGUCAACCGCAACAGAAAAGUAGGCGAAAAUGAUCAUUUAAAUUAUUUCGUUUUCUUUCCCUAUUAAAUGUAAAGACUGUUUAAAUCAAAUAUUAUUGUUAUUAUAGCCUAUACAUUAUGUUUGACCUACAUAUACAUCUUACAUGGAGACGAAGACAUGUUGAUCGUACAUUACGAUCUUUAUUGUAAAUACACGUUUUUUGUAAAA